CAUAGCACGUAGUCUGGUUGAUUUCACUUUUCAUUUCACACACACCCCUCCUCCUCUCCGAUCCACCCAGCCGACCAGGAGACUCCGUCCAUCCCAGCACGCUGCGCUGUCAGCCGGGAUCCAGCCUCCUCUCACUCCACCAUCUGGAUUCUUUUUUUCUAUUUUUUGCACGUAGAAGAGCCACGUUUUUGGAAAUCCACCGAAGAUGUUGAAAUCUUCCACCUGAGAUUAAUAAACAACCACGAUGCCAAAGCCAGGGACGAUCCGGCUGUGAUGAGACGGGAUUAAAAGCAAGAAGGUGUAACCACAGGCAGCACACACAGGACUGAACCACAAACAGAGGCCUCAUUUUGCCGUCAGCAUGGCUGUGAACAUGAUGCCAGCUCCCGCCAUUUGGCACGGGGAGGAACAACCGUCGCUGCUGGACCAGGAGGGCUCCCCGCCGAGCCAAGCCCCCGUCUCAGUGCCGUGUCCACCAGCCAGAGGUGAAGAGCUCAUCCACAGCAGCAGCAGCCCAGCCAGCGCCAGGCCCCCCCGGAGCAAAUCCAAAGGAGAGCUAGUCAUCGUCAUCAACGAGAAGCUGAAGAACAGUAAUGGGAUCCACCCAGGGCCUGCAGAGAGCACCUCCCCGGUCAUCUCCUCCCCUCCCAGACGACAACACUCCAUCUCUUACCCUCAUCACGCCAAGACCAGGAAGGGCAGCAGGGCCAGCUCCAUCGGCUACACCGCCUUCUCUCCGAGGCCGUCGCUGUCCCGCCACUCCAGCAUCGCCACCAACCCCCCGCUAGACCGCACCAAGGUCAAAGACUACCUCCUGCUGUCCGUGCUGGCCUGCUUCUGUCCCGUCUGGCCCAUCAACAUCGUUGGCUUUGUCUACUCCAUCAUGUCCAAGAACAGCCUCGAGCAGGGCAACCUGGACGGCGCCGUGCGUCUGGGUCGCGUGGCCAAGAUGCUGUCCAUGGUGUCUCUAGUAGGAGGGACGGUCAUUAUCAUCGCCUGCAUUGUCAACCUGGCCAUAAAUGUGAAAACCUGAGUUUCAUCCCAGGAUGAAACCGGAUAAGACAACUGACCGUCUGGCCCGCACCUGCACCACCAUCUUUACCGCCUAGUCAUUACCUGGAUGUGUGACAAAAUAUGCACCCGAUAUACAGCGCUUACUUAUAUUUCUGUAAUCUUUAUAAAUCCCUUUUGCUAAUGGAAGAAAAUAAAAUAUGCAAAAUGCCACUCUGAGUCCGGGGAAGGGGGUUGGGGUGGGGUUUGGUUUGUCCGUCUGAUGUUGGAGAAGGGAGUCAGACUAAUCAGUCCCUUCGUAUUCUGGCCCACACAUUCAGAACGAUUCUUAAGAAAACUCUUUGAGAAUCCCAUCACCGCCCCGCAGAACUGUUGGACUAGAAAACCAGCGGAGGCGGUAACGGAACAUGAAGCAGGAAGGACCGGCCCCACCGACACCCACCAGCUCCAGCUCCACGACUAAAUAUCCAUCCGUCACCACACCAACAACUGGGACCCGUCAGAGUUUCAGCUAAAUCCCCUCAGACACACGGAGGGUGGGCUCUGGUAUUUGGGUUGCAUUGGAAUCACACAGCAGAAAAAAAAAAAACAUCUGUUCCCUUCCCCCUCCUCACAGAGAAGAAGAAACACUUGCAGUCACAGAGUGUCCUCUUGUUUCAGACUGUCCUCUGUGGCUCUCCUGACUCCACGACGCCCUACAUCUUGUGUCUGACUGUACGGGUGGCAAAAAGAGGAUGAAAGAGAGGCUUACCAAGGACUAGCUAUGGGUGCUAAAAUGAAAGGGAUUAUGGAAAGUCUCGCAGAGAAGGCACACUCAUCACUGCAAGGGAAAAAAAUACGUGCCAAACAGAAGAAUUUAAAGUUUGUAAAGACCCAAUUCUGGUCACAGGAUUGUUGUAGAGAGGAGCAUCCAAGUGUGUUUGUACUCUGCAGCAGCUUUACACCACUGACCACUGUGAGCCGGACAACAAAACCCCCCAAACUGUAGCAAAGAUCCUCGACAGCACUCAUUUUACAGUGAAGCUAGUGAUGCUACUUCAUCUAUCUUUUUGAUAAUGUUUGUAAAAGAUCCUUUUGAAGAACAGAUUUCGUAAUGUGAUGCUGUUGUGCCGCAGUCGACAGAUGGUGGUAGUGUUGUGUGUGUGUGUGUGUGUGUGUGUGUGUGUGUGUGUGUGUGUGUGUGUGUGUGUGUGUGUGUGUGUGUGUGUGUGUGUGUGUGUGUGUGUGUGUGUGUGUGUGUGGGCAUCACUAUUUGGUUAACAAAUUAUAUAGCUUGUGAUUGCAGCCAAAGACGUGGCCUCAGCCUGCACUCACAGCUCCUCUGUGCUUUCAAACCAAGACACACUGCGGCGCUCUGAACAGUUGAUUUUAACCCCGGAUGUGUCAGCUCCUUUAUAUACUCCGCGCCCUUUCUGUUGUCGUACACACUUUUGAUUCAGACUGGGGGUUUCAUGGCCGUGAGAUUUAAGUAGCAUUGCGAUAGCAAUAGUGUGGAGAACUCAUUUUCGAAACUGGUUUGUUAUUCUUGCUCUAAUAUCUCCUGUGUAUCCUGAACUAACCUCUAAUCUUUAUCUACCUGUGAUUCUCACUGUGAUCUGAAACAGAAGCUCUCCUUAUUUACUGUGUCCCGGAUUUUUGAAUCAUGUACAGAAAUCACCGGCAGACAGUUUCUGUAAAGAUUAAAAUGCUCCCCUCCCCCUUCUUUGUUAUAAUGUAAAUUUAAUUGUAAUCAACGGUUGAUGUAUUCUGCAGAUAUAAAUCUCAAUAUUGUGAUAAUUCUCUAGUUGAUAUGAGUUAGCAUUAAGUAGUUUGGAUCUAAUGUAGGCUCAGAAACUGUCAGAUGGAUUCCUGACAGUCAUUGUAUUCCCAUCAGGCUUCUAUAAUCUCUGUGGUUAUUGGCAUGUUGUGGAUUUUUUUUUUCUUUUUUUAAUGUACGAUGAUAGAAAAUGACAAAGAUGAGCUGGUAGUUGGAAUAUUAUACUUCUGCAGCACAUUCAUAAUAAAGACACAAUGCAUGUA